AUGCCGGAGCAGAGCAACGAUUACCGAGUAGUGGUGUUCGGUGCAGGUGGCGUUGGGAAAAGCUCACUGGUGCUGAGAUUUGUAAAGGGGUCAUUUUGUGAAAUGUACAUCCCUACUGUUGAAGACACGUACAGGCAGGUCAUAACGUGCAACAGAAACAUUUAUACCCUUCAGAUCACCGAUACGACCGGGAGUCAUCAAUUUCCUGCCAUGCAGCGACUCAACACCAGUAAAGGUCAUGCCUUCAUCCUUGUCUACUCCAUUACGAGUAAGCAGAGCCUAGAAGAACUCUCAUCGAUCUAUACUCUCAUCAGGGAAGUCAAGGGAAACUUGGAAGGCAUUCCAAUGAUGUUGGUGGGCAACAAAAACGACGAAGAAGAAAGCCGGGAAGUGACAUAUCAAGAGGGCAUGGGGCAGUCCCACAAGUGGAACUGCAACUUCAUGGAGACGUCAGCCAAGAACAACACAAAUGUCAAGGAGAUGUUUCAAGAACUGUUGAACAUGGAAAAAUCGCGAAACGUCAGCCUUCAGAGUGAACGACGAACACUGGCCCAGUUCAGGAAAGAUAAGAUGAAAGGGAAAUGCCUGAUAAUGUGA